UGUGUGGACCAAAUAAAACUGUGGAAUCCACGCUGGAAAGCACUCGGUGCUGUUGACCACCUCUUCCCCUCCCACCAUUGGGGGAAGAAGCUCUGCCGAGCAAGGGAGGGAAAGAGAGAAUGGAAAGGAGGAAGAAGCAAAGAUCAGGUGUUCAGCAAGCGGAUUUUUUUGCUUGGGGUGAAGAGCAGGAUUUCCUUCUCGGCCAGUCAGUCGCCAGUAGGCUGUCUUCAGUAGAGUACUCGAGGUCAAAUCUGAAAUGGAUGGAUGCAAGUAGAAUUGUCCGGAGCCGGAAGGAAUUUCACCAACGGAGUUCACAACUUCAGCUUGUUUGUCUGGAUAUGGAAUUGCCGAAUAUGUCUUCUUCAGUCUUCUCGAUAAAAGAAGAACAAAGUCACAUGUCUUUGCAAAUCAACUCUUCAUACUUGGAUGAACCGCUAAUUCAAGAACACGAACAACUCGCCUUAGGACCGAAACUUCAGCGAAUCCGUGUUCAAAAAUCAAGAGUUAGUAGAUGACUAUGCAUGGUCCAGGCCAGGUCGUUACUCGUCAUUUGCCCUCCAAGCGUUUAUGCACGAAUACCAUGUUCCCGGUCGUUGGCUGGGUCUGUUCACACACAGACAAGCUACCUUCUCUCGUUCAAUUCAAUUUACUCGUUUCUGAGUUUUUCCUCCUUUGAUGUUCCCAUUGUGGGAGAAGUCUUUCUGGAUGUCUAGUAAGAAUAAUAUUGGUCGGCACAUAUCCUUUUCUAUAAUAUGUCUAUAAUAUUGGUCGGCACAUGUACCUUUCUAUAAUAUAUGUCUUGUAUUCUCAACUGUCUCGCUGCAUGUUUAGUUAGAAAAUCCCUCUGCAUCUAUUAUGCCCACAGAUUCAAUUUUAGUACUUCCUAACUGCCCCAAAACAAUUUACAAUAUGGGAGAACAUGUUGACAUCCAAACAAUUAUUUAUGAUCAGACUCAGCACCAUCCACUUUGAAAUGUUAUUUAUUGGGUCUCUCUAGGGAUCCGUCUAAUGAGAACGAAAUUCAAAUGACGCCAACGGUUUUUGUUGUUAUUUAUUUUUAUGUUUUUCAUUCACAAUAUGAAUGUUUUUUCAAAAAAGAGAGAUUUUUCAUUUUUAACAU